CGAGAAAAAGCGGAAUUGGCCGUUGCAGAUAUAAAUUCAAUUUGUUCGCGUUGGAUAUUAUUCAAUACAAUGAUGUUAGCUUUUGUGUUUUUAUCAGAGGUUCUGUAUUUCAUCUGUUUCACACUGGCGAAAGACUGUAGGAUCUAUUAGAAGUGCCGGAUCAUUUUGUGCAGUUAAUAAACCAUCCAUGUGUCCAAGAUGUGGCUUUAUAUAUAAGAGUGGAAAUAAUAAAUUAACAGCAGCAGUAUUCGUGGAGGAGCAUGUUGUGAUGCUAAUUGGUAACAGUGUUUUCAGCUAUCAUCCAAAGCAAAAGUCCUGGAUUCUUGCAGAAGGUAUAAAGCUUGAUGUAGAUGGGAUUUCAAGCUAUCAAUGCUGUAUCAGUCAAGAACCUUUUUGUAAGGCUGUGAGCUCUGUAGUUAUUGCAUAUCGUGCAAAUAUUGUGAUGCCUGAAAUUACAAUUUUCUUGUCUAACGACGGUGGCUAUCAUUUUAAGGAAAUGAGGCCAAUAAUGCAAGCUGAGGGAAUAUUUCAAGGUGCAAUUAUCCAACCAUCAGUAUCAACAUUAUCGUUGUUGAUAAAAGUUGAUAAGAAGUUUCAUUUCAGGCAUUUUUCAGUCUAUGGUAACCUCACUUCAAGUGAUUUUGUUUUGAACUUUGAUGAUUCUGAGGCUACAAUUAUACAACCACCUGGAUUGAAAGGACAUGUUGUUAUCUGGAGUCAACAUUCACUACUUUUUUCUCCUAAUCAUGGCCAGAAUGUAUAUCCAAUCAUGGUUGAUGGCACCACUGGUCGUUUGAACCCUUUGCUGAAUAAACACCAAAAUAUUCAUCAAGUUGUCAUCAAUUAUGAGAGUGAAAUUGCAAUAUUGACCUCUGAUGGAGAAAUUUACUUUGGAAUACUCAAUAUGGAUGCACUGAUUGUGAAAGCUAUUAGCAACAUGCCAGAGGCUCUGGAAGAAUGUAUGGUAAGUACUAGUAAGUCAGUGUUAAUCCUGAUGUUUGUGUUGGGAAUUGAGCAUAAUUGA